AUGGGUUCUCGCCGUCAAGGAGGCCAGAUUCGCCGUUACAAGGAUACCCUGAAGUCCUCCCUGAAAUGCCUGCAAAUCAACCCCACCAACUGGGAGGAGCUCGCACUCGAUCGACCGGCCUGGAGGAGGACAGUAAGGACAGGCGCUGCGAUCUACGAAGCCAACCGCAUCGCUACCGCCAAAGCGAAACGUGAAGCACGCAAAUCACAACUUCGCCCAGUAAGCAACGCCGCCGCACGACCGCUUCCAACGUGUCCUCGAUGUCAACGGACAUUCCGGGCUCGAAUCGGACUUGUUGGACAUCUUCGGAUUAACUGCGCCUCUCGAACGGCACCAACCAUCGUCCCCCGCCUGCCUCUUCCUCCUCCUCUCCGCCGCCAACUAACCCUGACAAUUCUUCUGACCCAUCACUUCCACCAUCCUCGUCCUUCUCAUCCUCCUACUCCUCCUCGCCCAAUACUCCAACGGCGGCCGCUCAGGCGACUGUCCCGCGCACAGCAACCGACACUAACACCACCUCCCCUGACUCCAGGGAUGAGGAUCAGGACUACACCUGCCCUCACUGCGACCGUACCUUCAACUCACACAUCGGUCUGGUCGGUCACUUGCGAAUCCAUCGCACAGAGACUGGCGAAUCAGUGCGUGAAGCAUCAACCUACACCCACCGCACUCGCCUCCACUGCCCACACUGCCCUCGCACCUUCAGGCAUCGCAUGGGCCUUUUCGGCCACAUCCGCAUCCACGACGACCUGCGGUAGACAACCGCCGGCCACACCACACAUUCACUCACUCCCUACCUCCUCCACCACCACCAUCACCCCACCAGAAAUCAACACUCACAUACCUCAUGCACCCAACUGCCACCUCCCACGCAAGUGGGAAGUUCGCAUCUCGACUCGGUCCCCAUGCGGCUUCGACUGCACGGGUGACUUGAGUCCGAGACUAUCCCGACACGUCAAGCGCCGUGGAUAG